AUGCUGCUCGCCAUGUUGGCGAUGGCGUCAGGUGCGAAGGACAGGCGAAGCAGCGGGGAAGCAGCGGGAGUGGGCGGGGGAGCGGGAGCGGGAGGAGGAGGUGGGGGGGGAGUGGGCGGGGGGUCGGGACUGGGAGGAGCGGGAGCAGGACCUUCCGGCGGGGAGGGAAGGGAGGAGAUUCUGGAGGAGAGGGCCAAAGUCAUGCCCGUCUUCGUCAUGUUCUAUGCUCCGUGGUGCAAUCACUGCAAGAGGAUGGCGCAGGCAUGGAGCGAGCUCGGAGACCGAGUGAGGAAGUCGAGGGAGAUGAUCCAUAUCACCAAGAUAGACUGCACGUCGACCUACGGGAGCUCGACGUGCUCCCGGCAUGGGAUCAAGGCAUAUCCUACCAUGAAGCUUCUCUUCAACGUCCCUGAGGAGGAGACAGUACGCGAGAUCAACUACAAGCGAGCGAGGACGAGCGACGCUCUCUUCCAUUUCGCACAGGAAGCGGCGGCCAACCCUCGGAAGCUCCAGGACAAGAUCAAUGCGGAGGCAGAUGAGACGGCCCAGAGAGACGGAACCGUAGUCUUCGUCCAGUUCUUCGUGCCGUGGUGUGUCUACUGCAAGAAGCUGAAACCCACGUGGGAGGAGCUAGGGCUCGAGUUUGCUGAGCUGCCGGACGUGAUCAUCGCCAAAGUUAACUGCAAGAAGCAGAAAGUAGUCUGCAAGCAUCACGUACAGAAGGGUUAUCCGACGCUGAAGCUCUUCGUCAAUGGGACGGAGAGUCAGUAUCUAGGGCCGAGGGACCUGUCUUCCUUGAAGUUUCACGUGGAGAAGUCGCUGUGGAGGGCUGGCUUCAAACCGGACGAGUACGGCAACCUUCAGCAGUACGCAAGCCCAUAG